AUGAACGACCCCAAUGGCAUGUUCAUCGAUGCAGACGGAGUCUACCAUCUCUACUAUCAAUACAACCCCACCGGCCUUGUAGCUGGGAAUGUGCACUGGGGCCACGCAACAUCAGAGGAUCUCUACACCUGGACGAACCAAAAGAUUGCCCUCUUCCCUGACCGGCCUGGCGAGCAAAUCUUCAGCGGUUCCGCUGUGCUCGACCCCAACAACACCUCCGGCUUCUUUCCCAACCAGACAAACGGCGUCGUAGCCUUCUACACUCUGAGCACCGGCCCCGGCCAAGAGCAGGUCCAGGAGAUUGCGUACAGCUACGACAACGGCUACACCUUCACCAAGUACGCCGGCAACCCCGUCAUCUCCGUCGGCGCCCGCGAAUUCCGUGACCCCAAAGCCUUCUGGCACGCAGAGACCUCAUCCUGGGUCGUCGUGCUGGCCUUCAGCCAAGAAUUCGUAAUCUCAAUCUACACCUCCCCCAACCUAAUCGACUGGACCUUCGCCUCCAACUUCUCCAACGCCGGGCUAAUCGGGCUGCAAUACGAGUGUCCGAACCUGCUCCAGAUGCCCAUGGAAGGCUCCCACGAGCCCAUGUGGCUCAUGUACAUUUCCAUCAACCCCGGCGCACCUUACGGCGGCUCCAUCGGCGAGUACUUCCCCGGCCACUUCAACGGCACACACUUCACAGCCGUGGACGCCGUGGCACGGAUCGCCGACUUUGGGAAGGAUAACUACGCCGCGCAGUUCUUCUACGGUAUUCCGUCCAACGAGAACCAGAUCUCGAUCGCGUGGGCCAGCAACUGGCAGUACACGAACAACGUCCCUACCGAUACCGAGAACUUCCGCAGCGUCAUGAGCCUGCCGCGGUAUAACUACCUCACCAACGUGACCCGCAUCGGCUACCAGCUCGUCAGCGUGCCCUACAACCUCGGGCCGAUCUUUGAAUCCCAGCUGGCCGCGAACGACUCCCUGGGGAACGGCACCGUCUUCGUGGAUUACUCCGCUGUCGAGUCGGGGGCGUUGUACUUCGAGGCAAACGUCACCGGGCUCAGCGACAUGAGCAGUCUGCAGGGCAGUGUGAACUUCACCUUCUCGUCCUCCGUGUCCGGCGAGUCUGUGCGCGGCGGGACGGACCUGCUGGGCGGCACGACGUGGGUUGAUCGCGGCGAGACGCGCGGGUUCGACAAUCCCUACUUCACGGACAAGUUCUCCCACUCCGCUGUGUAUGAUGGAUCAGGGCUGUGGCGGAUCUCGGGCGUCAUUGAUAGAAGUAUUAUUGAGGUAUUUGUUAAUGGGGGCGAGCAGAGCGCGACAAAUACUUUUUAUCCGACUGCUCCGCUGGACACGAUGGCGUUGGGUGCGAGGGGGAUCAAUGCGACUGCGGAUGUUGCGGUGGCGGUUUGGAGUCUGAGGAGCACGUGGGCGCCGCAGCAGAAUGGUGAGGGGGUUGUGCUGGGGAAUGUUACGCAGACUAAUUCGGGGAUGAGGAGGACGCGCUGA